AUGUCUUUUGGUGAACAUAUAAAUGAAAUCUUGCUGAGGAACCUCAGUGAGAGGUUCAUCAAUGUCCCUCCUCAGAUCGCGCUGCCCAUGCAUCAGCAGCUCCAGAAAGAACUAGCAGAGGCACACAAAACUAACAAGCCAUGUGGGAAGUGUUACUUCUACCUUCUGAUAAGCAAGACGUUUGUGGAAGCUGGAAAAAACAAUUCCAGAAAGAAAGGGAAUAACCAAGAGAAAGAGGAAUUAAUAUUUGCCAAUGCAGAGGAAGAAUUUCUUUAUGAGAAAGCAGUCCUGAAGUUUAACUACUCAGUGCAGGAAGAGUGUGACACUCGUCUGGGAGGCAGGUGGUCCUUUGAUGACGUCUCGAUGAAGCCCUUGCGAACCGUGAUGUUGAUUCCAGGUGACAGGAUGAACGAAAUCAUGGAUAAACUGAAGGAGCAUCUCUCUCUCUGACCCGUUUCCCAUGGACAGUAAUGGGGUGGUUUUGCUUUUGUAAAAUUACCAGAAAACAGCUCAGAUUUACUG